AUGGGUGUCUUCACAUACACAAACGAGUCCACCUCAGUCAUCCCCCCACCAAGAUUGUUCAAAGCCCUUGUUCUUGAAGCUGACACCCUCAUCCCCAAGAUUGCUCCCCAAUCAGUUAAAAGUGCUGAAAUUGUUGAAGGAGAUGGAGGUGUUGGAACCAUCAAGAAGAUUAGCUUUGGUGAAGGAGAUGGAGGUGUUGGAACCAUCAAGAAGAUUAGCUUUGGUGAAGGAAGUCAUUACAGCUAUGUGAAGCACCGGAUCGACGGGCUUGACAAAGAUAACUUUGUGUACAGCUACAGUUUGGUUGAAGGAGAUGCACUUUCAGACAAGGUUGAGAAAAUCAGUUAUGAGAUUAAGUUGGUGGCAUCUGCUGAUGGAGGUUCCAUCAUAAAGAGCACCAGCAACUACCACACCAAAGGUGAUGUUGAGAUCAAGGAAGAGGAUGUUAAGGCUGGGAAAGAGAAGGCAACUGGUCUGUUCAAGCUUAUUGAGAACUACCUUGUGGCCAACCCAGAUGCCUACAACUAA